GCGGUGUAAUGCUCCACUUGCCUCUCGGAGCUGCCGGUGCUCAGGGGGCUGUGAAUCUUAUCUGGUUUUCCAGAGAGGGGUUUGGAGCUGGACUGAAGAGGCAGGGACAAUAACAGGAAGCGGCCAGUGGAAUACUUUUGCCACUGGAGUGGGCUGAUUGUCCAGUGAACAGCUCAGUGGGAGCUCAGACCAGUUCAGAUGCAACUGGAAACACACACCACUGACCAGAGACUGAGGAGGAUAUAAUACCACUCAUUUACUGAAGGGUUUUUCGAAUCGAGGAAGACUGCUAAAGGGACCAAAACACCUCUGAUGAUGAAACACACUGCCUGCAGACAGAUGACUGAGCCUGUCUUCUGGGCAGGUGUCCUGGUCGUUUUCUGUGCCCUCAGCGCAGGAGCUGAUGUCUACCAAGCUCUGAAGAUGCCAUCCAUGUCGACUAGAGUGCUUCAAAGACAUAAGAGAGAGUGGAGAUGGGAUAAACUUUAUGUCACUGAGGAGAAUCCUCCAAAAAACCCGCCUGAAAAAAUUGGAAAGUUACAUAACACACGUUUCAAUGCAUCUGCAAGAUAUAUUCUCUCAGGAGAAGGUGCUGAUAGCAUUUUUACUGUAAAUGACAUUGGGGAUAUCCUAGUCAAUGCAAAGUUGGACCGGGAGAAGAAAAGUGUCUACAAUCUGUCAGCUUCACUCAUCAACAGUACAACCAAAAUACAUCUUGACAAAGACGUCACAUUUACAAUAGUGGUCUUGGAUAUUAAUGACAAUAGCCCUGUGUUUCCACCUGACAUCUCCGGAUCCAUCAGUGAAUCUUCUCAUGAAGGAUCUUUAGUAAUGACAGUAACAGCAACUGAUGCUGAUGAUCCGAGCAUUCAAAAUGGAAUGAUUGGGUACAAACUUCUGAAUGGGACAGAUCUCUUCUCCAUCAACAAUGAAGGUAAAAUCACAACAAUGACAAGCAGUCUUGACCGAGAGAAACAGAGUCAGUAUCUAAUUUCUAUACAAGCCAAAGACAUGCCAGAUGUUAGUAAUUCUGGGAAUUCUGCUACUACUGUUGUGACUAUCAACAUUGAUGAUGUAAAUGACAACAUUCCCACCUUCAAAAAAGGAGAAUACCAUUUUAAUGUAAGAGAAGACAGCAUCCCUGGAUAUGAAAUUGGCAAAUUAGAAGUGGAGGACAAAGACGAGAUACAAAACAAAGAUCCAUCUUUUAUUAUACAACAAAAAUUUGAUGAAUUUUUUUUCAUUAAACUAAGUAAUGUGAAAGAUGGAAUUCUAAGCCUUAAUGGGACUCUCGACUAUGAAACGGAGAAGAUGCACAAGUUUGCUGUAAACGUGGUAGAGCGCACAGUGUCUAAAUCACCAGAUAACCAAGGACCAAACCUGCAGACGAGAGCCCAAGUUUUGAUCAAUGUAAUCGAUGUGGACGAACCACCUGUUUUCAGCCAGUCACAAUACAACAUCAGUGUGCACGAGGGCCCAAUCACAAAUACAUUCAUUGGAGCUGUUUCAGCAAAGGAUCCAGAUAAAAACAGUUACAAAAUACGCUACUCUAUAGAAGACUCGAACUGUCCUGUAGCUGUGGAUGCUGUACAAGGACGUUUGUUCUUAAAGAAGGAACUGGACAGAGAGGACAAAUCCUCCUACACAUUCCAGGUUACAGCACAGGAGGAUGUCCCAAAUGGUCUAAAGUCCUCUGCGAAGGUUAAUCUGAAGGUUCUUGACAUUAAUGACAACUUACCAGAAUUAACUAACGGGAGCUCCGUGUAUGUUUGUGAGAGUGAUGGACCUGGAACAGUUAUUGGGACUGUUGGUGCCACUGACAAAGAUGAAAAUUCAGGCCGGUUCCAUUUCACUCUGCCAAAACCGAGCUUGAACUUUUCCCUUUAUGAUUACGGAAAUAACACUGCGGACAUAAAGCUGAAGCAAGGUGGUUUGAGUACAAAGCACUCAGUGGAACAUGUUCUGGAAAUCGAAAUCACUGAUGGAGAACUGAAGAGAAUUGAGCACCUCCAGAUUAAAGUGUGCACGUGCCAGACGGGUAGACGGGUGGAGUACUGUAAGGCCUUCGCCCAGUCCGGAAUGAGCUUCAGUGCCCUCUUAGCUAUUCUUCUCUGCAUCGUCACCAUCCUGGUCAUCGUCAUCCUCAUUGUGUUGCGGAAGCGCUAUCAGAAGGACGUUUUGGUUGCCAAGUCUUCUGGCGAGAUCCACGAGCAGCUGGUUAGAUAUGACGAGGAAGGCGGUGGAGAAAUGGACACAAACGGUUAUGACGUCUCCCUCCUGUCCUCUGCUUGUCACGACAGCAGCUUUCGGCCUGGCACGGGGCCUUCAAUGUACGUUGUGGCAAAGACACCCUCUGCUUGUAAAGGUGACAUGGCCAUAAUGAUCGAGGAGAAGAAAGAUGAGGCUGACCAUGACCGUGAUGGGAUUCCUUAUGAUACUUUACGCAUCUAUGGCUAUGAGGGACCUGAAUCCCUGGCCGGUUCCCUCAGCUCUUUGGAAUCAUCUUCCUUUGGGUCCAAUCUGGACUACGACUUCUUGCAUGAGUGGGGCCCUCGUUUCAGGACCCUGGCUCAGCUCUAUGGAGUAGACGGCUCGGACUCUGAUAGAUCCGAUUGAUCCUACUGAAGGCCUGGGUUAUCAGGUAGCCAUCGUCCUUUGUAAGGGUCCUUUUAAGAAAGGGAUUAACAAGUGCCAUUACUUGUUUCCUCCGUGCAUUGUUAUGACAUUAUGAUGAGCACUACUGUAUUUGUAAUUUUCAUAGAACAAGUGUAUGUUAGUAGAAAAAAAUGCCUUGGGUUUUUCAGACUGGUUUUGUCCAGGUGGGUUUUGUAUAAAACAGCAUUAGACACUGGUUGGACAAACUCUCUGGUUCAUCCUUACAGCAAAUCUGAUUUAGUCUUUGUUUAUUUGUGAAGGAUUUUUUUCUUCUUCUUCUUUAAUUGUAUACUGUCUCAUGUGAAAACAUAAUUAUUUUACGUUUUGGCAACUUGGUGGUAAAUUCUUAUGCAUUUGUACAAUUAGAUUCAAAUGAAAAUGUCACCCAUCCCUGAAUCUAGCCAGGAACCUAAAACUGAGAUAAUACAAAUAAUAUGAAUUUGCAACCAGACUAAAAAGUUACAAGUAACAAUGAGACUGUGUUGUUCUUAAUAUUUUUACAUUGUUUUUCACAUAUUGUUUUCCUAUAAAAAUACUCAGCUUAUGAUAAUUUUCUUUUUAAUGUAUACAAGUGUUUUCAAAGUGGAUUCAAAGUCAGUGUAAUUGCAGAGCCAGCAUUGUUCAGCAGACUCUUCUCAUCAGGAAAACUACUGUAUUGCCAUGGGAGCAACAGAGGAAGUGGUGAUAACUGUACUUUGAAAGAAUUAAAGGCUACUCCAAGUUUAUUUGACAGGAAUCAUCAGCACAUCUAUUGUUAUGAGUAAAGCCCAAAUCUCAGAGGUCCACCAUUAUAAGGCAAUUGCAGACGUCUCAGGAAACAUGCAGUGAGUUUAAUGUCUGUUGAAAUGUGAGAAGUGAAUAACUGUAUUACCAAGUGAAUCAAAAGUGUUGCUAUAUAUUUAACAAUGCCAUGUAACUUUUUAAAUAUUCUGAUGAUAGUUCCAACCAAAAUAUGUAGCAGGCCAGUCAGUGUCUUGACAAUAUUGUUUGUCUUUCAUUCGAGACUACUCUAAAUAGACAAGAGGAUCUCCUUUCAUUGAAAAUUGUGUAAACCAUCUUUAUACCUUAAAUAUUUACUUCUGUGCACAAACUGUACCCUGGUCCCCCAUUAACCAUUGGCACAAUACAAGGAAGUCACCUUCUCCCUUUCCUGUAGGGAAUUACAAUCCAAGCACUUUUCUCCCGUCUCGUUCAACAUGAGCAGCUCAGUCAGACUUCUCUCAGACUUCCUGUCCGUGUAAGCACAAGGGAACACACUUCCGGCUCCCUUAUCUUUAAGUGAAGGAACAGAUUGAAACCGUUUUCCUGUUUUCUCGUCUUGGAGGGAUAAAGAAAGGAUAGCAGGAAAAUGUUAAAGAACAAUAUAAAUCAAGCUGUCUUGGUCACAAAGGCAUUGUCCUUCAAGACAAACGAUGCUGCUCUUGAAUGUUCCUUUUUUUUCACCAUACAAUCUUUUUAGAGAAAUUUCUUAUAAUUCUCAUGCGUUAUUCUGGUUGUAGAAUUAGAUGUUCAAUCACUAGAGUAUGCAUCUACUGGGCAAAUACUAUUACAGCUCAUGAAAAUCAGACUGCAAAUCUCCUCAUGAUGGAAAUGACCAUCAUGUAUCUCUAAUAAAACAACUGUACAGAAAGUUGAAGAAAAACUGGAAUCGUAACUAAAAUGGCCUUCAGUUGAUAGCCUAUGUGAUUUUUCGUUAUUGUUAUCAUAUUUCAUGUAUGCUUUGAAUUAGCAAAAAUUGACAUUAUGGCCAGUUUAAAGUGUAUAGUGUGUUGAAUGAUCAUUUGUUUUAAUGCAUAAAAGUGUCUGAGAUUUAUUGGGAAGGUCCAGUAGUUGUCAGUGCUGGGCAGUCAGACUAAACAUUUCAGUAUGUGGUUCACUUGUGUGUGUUACAGUCUGGUGUAAAGAUGGACAAAAAAAUGUGCCUUUUUUCUAUUGUUUCCAUUGCUAGAAAUAUAAUUUUUUUGUUUGUGUGUGUUUUGAAACUGCCAAUUUUGUAUUUGAAUAAUAAACUUCCGUAAAAUA